UUGCAACUCUUGCAGGCAAUACUGGGGCAGGAUGUUUUUCAUCGAUCACUGGUGGCAUGUUGCCUUGAGAUCAUUACCUUCACAUACAACCCACCUGGAAACUUUCCGUUCAUCCCUGAAGUAUUUGACAUUCCAUUUUAUAAUUUUUAUAAGGUAAUUGAAGUUUUCAUCAGAGCAGAGGAUGGCAUUUGUCGGGAAGUAGUAAAACACCUUAAUCAUAUUGAGGAGCAGAUCUUGGAAAGCACGGCGUGGAAACAGGAAUCCAUACUGUGGGACAGAAUCAGGGAUAAUGAAAACAAGGCUCCUGCUUGCAAAGAGGUAAUGCCACCUCAGCAUUUUGAGAGAUCUGCUGGGAACAGUGUUGUGGGUUUUCCAUUGACAUCAAGAGGAAUACAUGUGUUCUGCACUGAAACUGGAGAACUAGGGAAAGGUGAGACUUCUAAAACCACCCUGUAUGACAGAUACAGCUCUCCUGCAGCCAAUCCUACAAGGAGAAGGCUGUUUGCUGAUAACAAUAACUCUGACAGCAGCACUCCAGUAAGAGUUUCCCAACAGCCUGUAGUGAAUACGGUGCCUGUGCAGAACAUGAAUCCCCAAGUGAUGUCAGUAACCCCAGUGCCUGGCCAGACACUGGUUACAGUGGCAACUGCCACCGUAACUACCAAAAAUGGGCAAACUGUGACAAUACCAGUACAAGGUGAGAGAAAGCUACUGUAGCACUAUUGGAGCUUGCUCCCAUCAGAGUAUUAGGACACAGUAAGGAGGAAGGGGGAACAGUACACCAGUGGAGAAAAAAAAGCAUUCCUAACUGGGGAAGAAUUGUUUGAAUAGAUGAGCAGAAGUUAGAGAUAGAACAUGUAUACAAGGAUGUUCUGACUGCCAACAUCUGCCUUAUAGAACUGAGUUAUUUCAGUCAGCCUGCCUUCCUGAACUGGCACUGGAUGGAAGUUACAUUAGUAUGAAAAACUUGGUUCAAUUUCAUUAUCUUC